ACCUUCAAGGCGUGACCUAGUUCACUGCAAUCCUUUCUUAUCUGGGUUCGUUUUCCUCUUGGACUCGCCUCUUCUGGACUUUAAGAAGCGAUGCGAAGAUAGAGGUGGGUGGGGUCGCGCGGGGGCCGGUGUGGGCGCGCCAGUUCUCUGUAACCGGAGCUAAACCAAUGCAGCUUCCUUGGGAGUUUGGUGUCUGUUUUUGGUGCUUGGUAGGAUUUGGGAGCUUCUUUUUCCAAGUCUCCGCUAAUAAUCUUCCAAAAAUUUAACUCCGGUUAGUCACGGACACCCUCAGGUCACUUGCCAUGAAAUAUAUCACUUACACAACUAUGCGUCUUGUUUAUCUCCACCGAAGCGCAUACACCGGGGCACGUGUGCAUUUUCACCCCGAGAUCGCCCGAAGGGGUGGGGAGGUUGGGACCACGCCCCCAUGCUAGCCUCUCCAAUCCUGAUGAGAGCCCCCAUUGCCCUGUCCACACUGCUGGGUUCCUCCAGUCGGUGAGGAUCGUGGAUCCCGAUCAUCCGCGGCAGGCAGCAUCUCAGGCCUUGAUAGUGUUCCCUGGGGGGAAAGACUCCACCUUUGGAGGUUGCUGACGAGGUACUCUCAUCUCGACUUCGUCCCCAAACCGGUUCAGCUUUCUCCUGAAAGGCGUGCCAGACUGCUUCGGGUUCGGCGUCUGAGUGAGCCAGCGGCUGCAUCUGGAAGCUAAAAGUAAAGGCACCGCGGAGGAGCAGGGGAGGAAGAGAAGUUCGCGGGUGGCGGGUGACCCGACCCUGGCCCAGAGUCAGGACAGCACUAGGGUCUGGAUGUGGAAUUCAGGCUAGGUCUAAGCGACGCCAAAGAGGCGCUGCAUCCCUACUGUGAACAGCAGUUUCGAGGUUCAGUAAGCGCAGACCCACGCGUACCCGAAGCCCGCUCGGAUGCUGGGCGCCGGCAUGUGGGCUGCGCCCUCGCUUUCGCGCUCCGCGGAUGCGCUGCUUCAGGCCGGGCUCAGAACCCCACCUCUUGCGGACUUCCUAAGCUGUUCCUCCAGCACCGGGCGCACAAUCGUAUCCGGGGAUCCUGCCCCUCAUCUGCGCGUGGCCGAGCCCAGGCUGGCGGCGACUGUGUUCGGGGAGGUGCAGUGAGAUCCCGGGCGGGUGGGGGACCAGAGCUGCGCGCAACUCUGGUUCCACCCCGAGAGCACAAGGAACGCGGGGCGUGGCCAGGCCGGCCCAGAGGCUCAGCGCCCUCCCCGGGCCGCCGUGAAAUUGAGCAAAAAGUUUGAGACCGGAGGGGGGCGAUCCCUUGGAGUCGGUGUCAGCCCAGUGCUUCAGUUGUCCCUCUGUCGCGGGUCUGAGUCGGAGAGGAGCUGCUUUCCGCCACUGGCCGCCCGUGGGACAGAUUGGGUAGGGAUCCCCUUUCCCCCGCGCGCGCCCUCCCGUAGUUGGCGGUGCCUUCGUGGGUCCGUGAAGGAGACGGCCCCACGCCUGCGCCUCAGUGCACACUCGCGCUCCGGCAGGGCAGACCAUAGUUGUGGGUCCGCCCAGCACAGGCAGGCUUUUGCGGGACUUGGGCGCUGUUCUCACGAGUGCGGCACGCACCCCCACCCCCACCCUCUUGGAGACUCGGAGCUUCAGCGGCUUCGUAGUUCAGGCAGGGGACCGGGCGACUGCGCAGGUUGCGAUGGGGUUCUUCGUCCCAGAGUACGCGCCUCUCAAUGCCAGUUCUGGGAAUUGUAUGCAGUUGGAUUCUCCACCAAGCCCGAAGGGUGAAGAGCCGGCCCGACGAAGAGAGCCACGGGUCACUGACUCAUGCGUCGGGUCCGAAUCCGGUGUCCCCUGGAACGGAAUGUUCGUGGGGUGGGAAGCUCAUUCUGGAAAGCUAGAUCCCCCACCCACGGGGCUCUGGUGAUUCAGUCGCGAGCCAGGGGCUCUGGUUGGGCACUUUGUCCCACGUGCAUGGAAGCCCAGGCAGAGAACCCCACCACUCUUUCCUCCUGUCCCUCAGAUCUGGCCGCCCCGGGGAAUGACGAGGGCGCUCACACAGCCCAGGGAGGUGGAGAGGGCGAGCCCCACGGCCAGUCGCCAGACACCCUCCUGGGCAACACCGAUAAGAAGCUGAACGCAGGAGCCGCCGUUACCUCUAGCAGCGCCGGGGCAGCACCGGUGGCCCCUUGUCAGCGGGAGCCCCGGGACCUGGCUAUGGAACCAGAAUGCCCUCGAGGACUGCUCCCACGGCCAUGCAGAGUGCUGGUGCUGCUGAACCCCCAGGGUGGCAAGGGCAAGGCUCUGCAGCUCUUCCAGAGCCGUGUGCAGCCCUUCCUGGAGGAGGCAGAGAUAACCUUUAAACUGAUACUCACCGAACGGAAGAACCAUGCCAGGGAGCUGGUGUGUGCAGAGGAGUUGGGUCACUGGGACGCCCUGGCAGUCAUGUCCGGUGAUGGUCUGAUGCAUGAGGUGGUGAAUGGGCUAAUGGAACGGCCAGACUGGGAGACUGCCAUCCAGAAACCCCUGUGUAGCCUCCCUGGAGGCUCCGGCAAUGCGCUGGCAGCUUCUGUGAACCACUAUGCUGGGUACGAGCAGGUGACUAAUGAAGACCUGCUCAUCAACUGCACACUGCUGUUGUGCCGCCGGCGCCUGUCACCCAUGAACCUGCUGUCCCUGCACACUGCUUCUGGGCUGCGGCUCUAUUCUGUGCUCAGUCUGUCCUGGGGCUUUGUUGCUGACGUGGACCUCGAGAGUGAGAAGUACAGGCGCUUGGGGGAGAUUCGUUUCACAGUGGGCACCUUCUUUCGCCUAGCAAGCCUGCGCAUCUACCAAGGCCAACUGGCCUACCUUCCUGUAGGAACUGUGGCCUCUAAGAGACCCGCCUCUACACUGGUGCAGAAGGGCCCCGUCGACACACACCUUGUUCCUCUGGAGGAGCCAGUGCCUUCUCAUUGGACUGUGGUACCAGAACAGGACUUCGUCCUGGUGCUGGUGCUGCUACACACCCACCUGAGCUCCGAGCUGUUUGCAGCACCCAUGGGCCGCUGUGAGGCUGGUGUUAUGCAUCUGUUCUACGUACGUGCGGGGGUGUCAAGGGCUGCGCUGCUGCGCCUCUUCCUGGCCAUGCAGAAGGGCAAGCAUAUGGAACUUGACUGUCCAUACCUGGUUCAUGUGCCCGUGGUUGCUUUCCGCCUGGAGCCCAGGAGCCAGAGGGGCGUGUUUUCUGUGGAUGGAGAGCUGAUGGUAUGUGAAGCUGUGCAGGGCCAAGUGCACCCAAACUACCUUUGGAUGGUCUGUGGCAGCAGAGAUGCCCCAUCCGGCCGGGACUCCCGGCGGGGGCCACCUCCAGAAGAACCAUAACUCUGUGCCUUUGUCUACUCUGUCUAGGCUGAGAUGGGACCCUCCCCCGCACCCACCUCCUGGUAUGGGAGGUUAUUUCUAAAGUUCCUAUGGAAGUGGUGGGGACCCCUGCAGAGAAAGCUAGAAGGUGGGGCUAUGACUUGGAAAGAAAGGCUCUACCUUCCAGUUAGAGUAACAUCCCCAGUAGAGCCCUGCUGGCUGGACCAGUUGCAUAUAGAAGACACUCCCCAUUGCUCUUAGGGACCUUCCCUGGGAACCAAAUUCAAAUAAAGAGACUUUUCCAACCUGCU